CGCACACGAAUCCUGCAGAAUCACUCGCGUCGUCUUUUCGCCAUGGAUGCCAAAGAGCUGUCCCAGUACUUGGCCGAUGCCCCGCCAUCCGUCGUGAGGCUCGAAAUCGAGAAGCAUUUCAACGCGUUGUCGGACAAACAGAAGCGUUACGCCCACUUCAUCAGCAAGGCCUCGUUUGCUGGCAACCGUAUUGUGCUCCGCCAGGUCUCUCCCGAGUCCGAGGACAUCUAUGAUUUCAUUCUCGCCCUGUACAGGACGGCUGGCGGGGACUGGAAGGCGCUUGCAGACAAGGCCGGUGUUGACGAGCAGGGACUCACGGCCUUUCUCCAAUAUGCUGCGCAGUUACUGGGCAAUAGCGGGAACUAUAAGAGCUUCGGGGACUCCAAAUUCCUGCCUCGAUGCGACGAAUCUGUCUUCGCGGCUCUCGCUUCAACGUCCCCAGAGGCCGAGAAACACUACAAGGCUACCAAUGGCGCCAUCUUCGCGUCCGACAAGCAGGGUCUCCUGCAUCUCGGCUUCACUGACGAAGGCCAUCUGACGACCUAUUAUCCCGACUCUCCGUCAAUCACCAAGGACGAGGUAGUCGCUGUCUCCAAAUGGAUGGAGGACAAGGGGCUUCUCCCAGAGAACACCAGGUUGCGAAAGACCGAGAAGGGGGUUUACGAGCUGCUGAUUGCCUCGGCCACAACUAGCAUUCCCAGCCAGGGGGGGGACAUUGGCAAGGACACCGAGUAUGUGAUUAGCGAGGGCCCUCUGGCGGGUAAGACGGUGAGGCUAGUCUAUGGCGACUACGCGAGGGAGAUGAAUACCAUUGCUGGCUUUAUCAGGAAAGCGGCAGAGAAUGCUGAAAACGAGACGCAGAAGAAAAUGCAUCUUGCAUACGCCGAGUCUUUUGAGACCGGCUCUCUGCUUGCCUUCAAAGAUAGCCAGAGGCACUGGAUUCGCGAUCAAGGCCCAAUGGUAGAAUGCAACAUUGGCUUCAUUGAGACAUACCGUGAUCCCGCCGGUGUCCGUGGAGAAUGGGAAGGUUUCGCUGCAGUUGAGCGAACUCGCGCGUUUGGCGAGCUCGUUCGUUCUGCCCCCGAAUUGAUUCCGCUUCUGCCGUGGUCGAAGGACUUUGAGAAAGACAAGUUCUUGUCCCCAGAUUUCACCUCGCUGGAGGUGCUAACCUUCUGCGGUUCUGGCAUCCCUGCCGGUGUCAACAUCCCGAACUACGAUGAUAUCAGGCAACAGGAAGGCUUCAAGAACGUGAGCUUGGGCAAUGUUUUGAGCGCCAAGGCCCCAGAUGAGAAGAUCCCCUUCAUCGCCGAGAGCGAUCUGGAGCUGUAUCAAAAGUAUCGUGAUGCCGCCUUCGAGGUCCAAGUUGGGCUUCACGAGCUUACCGGCCACGGCUGUGGUAAGCUCCUCCAGGAGACAUCCCCGGGCGUCUACAAUUUCGAUGUGAAGAACCCGCCGAUUAGCCCGUUGACCGGGAAGCCUAUCACCACCUGGUACAAGCCAGGGCAGACAUGGGGGUCUGUCUUUGGCGGUGUUGCCGGAGCGUACGAGGAAUGCCGCGCGGAGUUGGUGGCUAUGCAUCUCAGCUGCGAAUUUGCUGCUCUCAAAAUCUUCGGGUUCGGCGACGGCACCGUCGACAUGGAUGGCCCGGCCGGUGAUGUCCUGUACACAUCUUACCUGAGCAUGGCUAGGGCUGGCCUCACGUCGAUUGAGUUCUGGGAUCCGAAGAGCCAAAAAUGGGGGCAGCCUCACUGCCAGGCCCGCUUCGCUAUUCUAAAGGCUUUCCUUGAGGCUGGAGACGACUUCUGCAAGCUGGAAUACAAGAACGAAGAUCUCUCGGACCUCACUAUCCGGCUCGACCGUUCCAAGAUUCUGACGAGCGGCAGGAAGGCCGUCGCCGAUUUCCUUCAGAAGAUCCAUAUCUACAAGUCGACCGCUGAUGUUGAGGCUGGCACCAAGUUCUUCAACGAGAUGUCGAGCGUUGGGUUGGAAUAUUGGGGGACCAAGGUGCGGGACGUCGUGCUCAAGAACAAGCAGCCGCGGAAGGUGUUUGUGCAGGCAAAUACGUUCCUGGAUGAAGCCACGGGCAAGGUCACACUCAAGCAGUACGAGCCUUCCCCCGAGGGGCUCAUUCAGAGCUGGGCCGAGAGGGACGUCUGACUGCCUGGCGGGCUUCCACUCCGCUCGUCUGAUGCUUACCGGUCAUUCCUGUGAAAGCGGUACAAAAGGAUCUCCCCAUGACGACUAUCAGCGCGAAUACAGGCGUGGCAUAGCUGGAACAAGAAUUGCAGACUUCAAGAUCGCAAGAGUAAUAGAAAUGCUCGAGC